AUGGCGCUGAGUUAUGGCGUUCUUAUGGCGCUGAGUCAUCAGUGUUUUAUACAAAGUUUUAGUUUAGAAAUGUCUGGUCUAUCGAUAAGUGAUCACCUCAUUUUCAAUCAACUUGUAAAUAACGAAAAUAUACAUGACUGUGAAGUAUCAUCGGAUGGUGCAAGUUCGACGUGCAGUGAUAUUGAGCCAGAGUUUCAAGAUUUCGAAUUCGACGAGUUUGACGCUUCAGAACGUGAAGAAGAUAUGGAAGAUCAAAAAAAUUACAUAGUAUCUGGUCGUACGUGGAGUUGUAUUGCUCCUAUAAACAACAAUACCAUAGAAUUUGAAAACUAUUCGUUAACAGAAAAAAGUGUAAAUAUAGAAACGAUCGACGAAUGUUUUCAUCUGUUUAUUAAUGAACAAAUCAUAGACACUAUUAUUUUACAUACUAACAAUAAAGCACACGAGACUAUACCGCCGAACAAAAAGUGGAAUCCAGUGGAUCGUAUUGAAAUCGACGCAAUUUUAGGACUCCUACUAAUGAUGGGACGAUUUCGAGAGUCAUAUGAACGUAAAACCGAUUUGUGGAGGCAAAAUGAAGCGCUGUGCCGACCGUUUUACGCAGCUACUAUGUCCCGUGACCGGUUUUCAGAUAUAUUAAAACACAUUCGUUUCGAUGAUUACAUCACGCGUGAAGAUAGAAAAGCAAUCGAUAAACUGGCACCACUGCGAGCUAUCAGUAAUAUUUUUAUAAAAAACUGUAGGGAUUCCUAUAGUGCGUCUAGUAUUGGUACAGUCGAUGAGCAACUGGUCACAUUCCGCGGACGUUGUUCGUUUAAGGUACACAUGCCAAAUAAACCGGACAGAUAUGGAAUUAAAAUUUUUACUUUAUGCGAUGCAAAAACAUUUUACUGUUGCAACAUGGACAUUUAUUUGGGUAAAAUUGAAAGUAUUCCUGAAAAGCAACAAGCUCAACGGAUCGUUAAACAGCUGACCGAUUUUUGGAGGAGAUCGAAUCGCUCGAUAACCACUAAUAAUUCCUUCACAGAUAUCCGUCUAGCCGAAGAGUUGUUAGCGAACGAUAUUUUUCUUACAGGAACCGUGCGCAAACGUAACCCGGAUUUACCUAAAAUACUCACGCAAACUCAGCACCGUCAACAAUACUCCGCUGAUUUUUUGUUCACCGAUAAUUUGACGCUAGUUUCUUAUGUUCCAAAGCCUGAAAAAUGUGUCAUAUUGUUAUCCAGUUUACACCACGAACAUUUCAUUUCGAACCCGGAAAACAGUUACAAACCGGACAUUGUUAAUUAUUACAAUACCACAAAGAACAGUGUAGAAGUGUUUGAUAAAAUAGUGAAAGAGUGCUCCUGUAGACGCUGUACUCGUCGCUGGCCCCUGUCACUUUUUAUGCAUUAUGUAGAUGUCGCUGCGUACAACGCUUUCGUUAUAUGGAUUACCAAAAAUCCCACAUGGGAAAGUAAUAAUACGAUAAAAGUGAAAAGGAAACUAUUUUUAGAAAAUUUAGCGAAAAGAUUAGUUGCGGAUAAUAUAAACAGGCGUGCUACACUGUUCGAAAACCACGAAACCACUUUGCACAAGUGUAAUGUGAUAAAUAUAGAAUAA